AGCUCUCAGCUCUCCACUCGGCUCAAUCACAGGCAGGAGGAGAGCUGCUCCUGGUCCAGAGAUGGGAUUUGGGGAGGAUCUCCGUUGUCCACAGGCUCACGCCGCUGUUCUGAGGCUGCUGGACUCAGAGCUUCAUCUGAUGGAGGUCAUGAAGAAGUGGAUGGGUCAGAGGGCCAAGAGCGAGCGGGAGUUUUCAGCACAGCUGCACCAGAUGACUGCCAUGGCUGAGAAAAUGGAGCGACCUCAGAGCAGCGCAGGCCUGGAUUACAUCAGCCAGCUCAACAAGUCCUGGGGGGUGCUGGUGUCGCAGACGGAGUCCCUCAGUCAGAUCAUGAAGAGGCGCUCCGAAGACCUGCAGGACGGGCCCAUCAGCAAACUGACCCUGCUCAUCAGAGACAAACAGCAGCUGCGCAAAACGUACGCCGAGCACUGGAACCUUCUGAGGCAGGAGCUCAACAAGGUGACCUGCACUGAGCUAGAGAGACUGAAGAACAGCUACAGACAGGCUCUGAAAGAUGCAGCUCAGGCAAAAAGAAAGUACCAGGACACGAGUAAAGACAAGGACCGAGACAAAAACAGAGAGCGUUACAUCAAGGCUGUGGCGAAACUCCACGAGCUCCACAACGAGUACGUCCUGUCUGUGCAAGCUGCCCAGGUUUACCAUCAGCAUCACUGCAGCCAGAUGCAGCCGGCUCUGCUCCGCGCGCUGCAGACUCUGCAAGAGGAGAUGGUGCUCAUCCUGAAGGAGAUCCUGCAGGAGUACUUCGACAUCUCCACCCUCCUCCAUCACGAAGUGGUGAAGCUCCACCGGGAGAUGUCAGCCGCUCUGACAGCCAUCAGUCCUGACAGCGAGUACGACAACUUUAUCCAUCAGAACAGGUCUGUGGGGGAGAUUCCCGCCUGUGCAGACUUUGACUGCAGCCUCCUGGAGGACACUGAGGCGCUGAAGCCCAAGGAGAUCGAAGUGAAUGACCUCACCCUUGAGACUUUACAGCACAAACUGACAGCGAUAGAGGAGGAGCUGCUGAACCUGGCCUGUUCUCUGGGCUCUCAGCAGAUGUCGGUGGAACAGCUGGAGCUGGAGCUGGACGACGAGCAGGAAGGAGUGAGGAAAGGCCAGAGGGUUUACCAGUUCAGUAAGAGACACGCCAUGGAGGAGUGCCGGCAGCAGGUGGCUCUGUCUCAGGGCAUCAAGGCCAGGCUGGACAUCCAGAGACUUCUGCUGAAGGACAAACUGGACCAGCUGGGAACCAAGGAGCCUCCCCAGGCCCUGAGGCUGGAGACGGACACGGUUUCCCUCACGUCCCGUACAUCCAAUGACAACACUCAGUUUCCAGCAAAACUCAAAGACGGCAUCAUAAACAACCUGAGCAGCAUUUUUAGACAAAAAAACGAGGUAGUUCAGGUCCAGUCCCUGGUGCAGGACGUGGACCGUCCUCUGGGACAGCAGGACUGGUACCACGGGGCCAUCCCCAGACUGGAGGUCCAGCAGCUGCUGCAGAACAACGGGGACUUCUUGGUGAGGAAGAGUCAGGAGAAGCAGGGCUACGUGCUGUCGGUGCAGUGGGACGGCUCCUGCAAACACUUCCUCAUUCAGGACUCGGAUGACAAGUGGGUCCUGGAACACGAUGACAUCAUCCUGGGACCCCUCAUUGGUCGGGGUAAUUUUGGAGAGGUGUACAGCGGGUGUUUACGCUCUGAUAAAACUCCUGUAGCUGUGAAAUCCUGCAAGGAGAACCUGGCUCCAGAACACAAGAGUAAGUUUCUGAUGGAAGCCAGGAUCCUGAAGCAGUACGACCAUCCCAACAUCGUGAAACUGAUCGGCGUUUGCACCCAGAAACAGCCCAUCUACAUCAUCAUGGAGCUCAUCCAGGGUGGAGACUUUCUCACCUUCUUGCGAAGCGAGGGUCACAAUCUGAGGCCGAAGAUGAUGGUCAAGAUGACGGAGAACGUAGCAGCGGGGAUGGAGUACCUGGAGAGCAAGAAAUGCAUCCACAG